CCAUGGGUGUUGAGGGCUACAUCCUCCUAUUUGCUAUAGUCUCCAUUGGAACAAGGGGAAGCCAGAGGGAGAAGAAGAAGAACAGAUAAAGAGGUUGGUGAUGCUUGGUGGGACCUGUAUGUAAGUGAGAGAGAGAAAAGGUCAAGAUGCUAUCGGGUGGAUCUCAGAUACCGCGAUAGUAAAAAUCAGCUCAUAGACCACUUCGAAUUGGUCUAGAAGGGUAAAAAUCAGUUGAGGGAUUUUUUUUUCAAACCCGAUCAUAGGGACGGAAGUAAAACGGACUUCAUUAUUAGAUUAGAUUAAUACGAUACGAUGCUGCCUUUUUAGUAGAGGGGAAAAAAAUCCAUCGCCAUCCAUCCCCUAGAUACUACGAAGACCUCUUGAUACUAGGAAGAAGAGGAGAGAAGCAGCAGGAACAGAAACCAUAGAUCCAGGCAAAGACACAUUGGCCGAGGGAGCAAGCGCCGCCGCGGGCUGUUGGGCGUAGAUCGGAGAGGCGAAUUUCAGAGGGGAGAGAUGGUCGUCAACAAGCGUGGCCGCCGCCGUUGAGCAGAGCAGCAGGGGGGAUCUGGCCGGCUGCUGUAUCCAUCGAUGGCCUCCCCCUCCCAGCGCCGCCGCCCCUGUGUCCAGCACCAAUCCGCAUGGCCAGAUCUCCCACCGGAGCUGUUGGAGCGCAUCGUCGCCGUCCUCGUUCCGCUCGACCGCGUCGCCGUCCGCCUCGUCUGCGCCUCGUGGCGCGCGUGCGUGCGGGCGGCGUCCCCCCCCGACCUCCCGUUCGAGGCCCCGCGCCUCCUCCUCCGUCGCCCGGGUGCCGCCGGCGGGCUGGCCUUGUUCAGCCUCCACCACCGCAAGGUCCUACCGUUCGCGCUUCCCGCGAGCGUCAGCACCCGACGCUGCUGCGGCCACACCGGCGGCUGGCUCGCCAUGGCUCUGGACGCCGACCGUUCGCUCGUCCUCUGCAACCUCGUCUCGGGCCGAUCCGUCGCCGUGCCCCCGCCUCCGGUGUUCCCGGUGUCCAAGGUGAUCCUCUCCGGGCCGCCCACCUCCCCGGGCUGGGUCGCGGCCGCGCUAGGCCGGGCGGGCACGAUCGCGCUGCUCCAGCCGGCCGUGUCCGGCGCCUGGACGACCGUCGGCGUGGAGGAGGGAGCCCAGCACGGGGGCUUCAGGGACAUGGCCUUCUGGAGGGGGCGGCUGUGCGCGCUGGGCUACGACGGCGCGGUGCUGGCGUUCCGUGGCGACCUGCGCGCGCGCGCGGCGGCGGUGUCGGUGCUGCGGGAAGCGGAGGAGCAGCCGGUGGGGGGCGCGUGGCUGGGCGGGUGCUGGCGGGUGUACCUGGUGGAGAGCGGCGGGGAGCUCCUGCUGGUGCGGAAGCUGUACAUGGUGUGGGUGAACAGCGGCGCGGUGGAUGCGCAGGUGGAGGUGCUGGCGCUGCUGUCGGCGGGGGAGCGCCGGUGGGGGGCGAUGGAGGAGACGCCGGGGCGGGCGGUGUUCGUGGGGUCGGUGGCGUCGGCGGUGGUGGGCGUGGGGCUGGACCCGCCGGCUGGGCUGCGCGAGAGCUGCGUCUACCUGGCGCGGCGGGAGGUGGAGAUGCUGGCGCCGCACGCCAUCUGCGAGUACUCGCUGCCGGACCAGGAGAUGAGGGGCGUGCCCAUCGCCGGCGGCCACUGCGCCGACGUCGAGCCCGUCUGGAUAACCCCUGUCGUCUGACACGAGAUCCCAUGAAUUUCGCGUGUGUGUGAUUUGCCAUGAAUUCGCGUUCAACUCUUGCUAUCCAUCCGAUUGGGUCGCUUGUGUGGCUGUGAUUUGGCAUGGAUGAUGGAGCGGUGUUAAAUUUGCACGCAGGUGUGCAGCUGCUUGUGGAGCCGAAAAGAGGAGAUUGGAACGUUUUGUUGUGCACGGUUCGAGAAACGCCCUUGUUGUGGUUUGCACUA